CUCCAGAAUAUGAUGGCCAGUCCCCUUGUAAAAACUGAUACUAGAGAUGGCAAGAGACCAAGAGAGUUGGAGCCUCAAAUGCCAGAUAGUCCACAACUGUCCUCUCUUGGAAAAUCAGAUUCUUCUUUAUCUGAAAGCUCUGGACUGUUUUAUAAAGAUGAAGCCCUGGAGAAAGAUUUGAAUGUGUUGAAGAAGUACAUGGAAAAUACUCAUCAGAAAAAAGUGAUUUUCAGUAAGCGGAAGAGCCUUCCGUGUAUUGCACCACUUCUAACCACGGUGGAGGAGACUCCGCAGAUCAUCUCUGCUCGAGUCCGGGGACAUUUUCCUAAGUGGCUCAAUGGCUGUCUGCUUCGAAUUGGACCUGGGAAGUUCGAGUAUGGGAAGGAUAAGUACAAUCACUGGUUUGAUGGAAUGGCUUUACUUCACCAGUUCAAGGUGGAGAAGGGCACAGUGACAUACAGGAGCAAGUUUCUACAGAGUGAUACAUAUAAGGCCAACAGUGUUCAUGAUCGAAUUGUGAUCUCAGAAUUUGGCACAUUGGCUCUCCCUGAUCCAUGCAAGAAUGUUUUUGAACGUUUCAUGUCAAAAUUUGAACCGCCUGCAAUUACUGACAACACCAAUGUCAACUAUGUGCAGUACAAGGGAGAUUACUACAUUAGUACGGAAAACAACUUCAUGAAUAAAGUGGACAUUGAAACCCUGGAAAAAACAGAAAAGGUAGACUGGAGCAAAUUUAUUGCUGUGAAUGGAGCAACUGCACAUCCUCAUUAUGACAAAGAUGGAACAGCAUACAACAUGGGGAACUCCUAUGGGCAACAUGGUUCUUGCUAUAAUGUUAUUCGGGUUCCUCCGGAGAAAGUAGACCUUGGGGAGACAAUCCAUGGAGCCCAGGUGAUAUGUUCUAUUGCUUCUGCAGAGAGGAUGAAACCUUCUUACUACCACAGCUUUGGAAUGACAAAGAACUACAUUGUCUUCAUUGAACAGCCUCUAAAGAUGAAUCUGUGGAAAAUCAUCACUUCUAAAAUUCGGGGAAAGGCCUUUUCAGAUGGAAUAAGCUGGGAACCCCAGUAUAAUACACGGUUUCAUGUGGUGGAUAAGCACACUGGUCAGCUUCUUCCAGGGAUGUACUACAGUAAACCUUUUGUUACUUUUCACCAAAUCAAUGCCUUUGAGGACCAGGGAUGUGUUGUAAUUGAUUUGUGCUGUCAGGAUGAUGGAAGAAGCCUAGAAGUUUACCAACUACAGAAUCUUAGGAAAACUGGGAAAGAGCUUGAUCAGGUCUAUAAUUCAGUAGCCAGAUCUUUCCCUCGAAGGUUUAUUUUGCCCUUACAUGUCAGUUUGAAUGCCCCUGAGGCAGAGAACCUCAGCCCAUUGUCCUAUUCUUCAGCCAGUGCUGUGAAACAGGCUGAUGGAAAGAUUUGGUGCUCUUAUGAAAAUCUGUAUCCUGAGGACCUAGAAGAGGAAGGAGGUGUUGAAUUUCCCCAGAUCAACUAUGGCCAAUUCAGUGGCAAAAAGUAUCAGUUCUUCUAUGGCUGUGGCUUUCGGCAUUUGGUGGGCGAUUCUCUGAUCAAGGUUGACGUGGUGAAAAAGACACUGACGGUUUGGAGAGAAGAUGGCUUUUAUCCCUCAGAACCUGUUUUUGUUCCAGUACCAGGAACCAGUGAAGAAGAUGGUGGGGUUAUUCUUUCUGUGGUGAUCACUCCCAACCAGAAUGAAAGAAAUUUUCUCCUAGUCUUGGAUGCCAAGAACUUUGAAGAACUGGGCCGAGCAGAGGUGCCUGUGCAAAUGCCUUACGGGUUUCAUGGCACCUUCGUGACCAUCUGAUGGAACAUCCACAAGCCUGCCUGUUGCUACUGGUCCUAAGGUACUCACAGAGGAUGUCAUGCUUGGAGGCUGCUUCUAAACUGGCUGUUUCUCUGCUGUCC